AUGAAAAAAUCCACCAUAGCGAAAGGGAAGAUAACCAAGCGGCAAAGGCAUCACCUUUUGCCCCCUGUAGUUUCGUCUGUAUUGUCUCCAACAACCUCCGCGGAGAUCUCUGAGAGGCCAACUAAGGAAGAAGAAGACAUUGCUGAUUGCCUAAUACUCCUUACUAGAGGUGGCUACAAUCCAGAGCCCAAUAAAAUGGAUGAAGCAACCACUGCCAUGAACAUUACGAGUUGGCGAUUCGUAGAGCCGGCAACCACCACCACCAACGACAAGUCUGGAAAUAAUGCCCACCAAUAUCGGGAUUGCAAUAGGUGUUUUUCCUCACGCCAGACACUUGGCUGGCAUCAUGCCAGUCAUAAUAAAACCCGGAAGCUUUCAAUUCCCCGACUGUCGAAGGUGAUGAAUUUGAAUUCAACUCAAUUCACUAUUAAGUUGUUGUCUUCGCCAGCCACGAACAAGGUAAAAAUCCACCAAUGUCUAACCUGCGGCAAUGAGUUCAAUUCCGACCAGGCUCUCGGUGGGCAUAUGCGGAAGCACAGCGCACCGACUACGCCAGAACCAUCGCAGAAGGAGGAUAAUUCGAAGAGAUUUUAUCUCGAUCUUAAUCUCCCACCUCCCUGCAAUGAUUUUGAAGAUAAUGAUGCAAGAGAGGGAUUUUAA